CUUGCGUAAAAUUGCAUAUUCUCAGGCUUAAGAAAAAUCAAAAACAAAAAGAACAUAACUUCAAAUGCAACCCACAUCAUAUCAACUUACGCCACCGCGGCCUGCUCCCCCUCCCAAGCAUCCUUGCACGACCGAUCCGGUCUCUUACUAUUCCUCCCAUUACACUCCAACCGUCCACAAUCCUGACACGGAUUCUUACAAAACGCCCUCCCGCCCUUUCCCUUACACUCAUGACUCCCACACUUGACGCAAUGUCUGAUCCUCUUCACGCUCGCACUCCCCUCAGCCUGAGGCGACCCAUCAACCAUAGUAUACGGACGCUUCAAAGAGUUCGUGAUUGUCGGAGGGGGAGCAGGUGGGUAUGCGUAUGCGUAUGGAGGGGCACCGUAAGGCGUGAAAGACAUGUAAGGUGCUUGUUGACCAGUCGUGAAAUGUUGUGGCGGCGGUGGAGGUGGCGGGUAUUCAAGUUGUUGAGACGGUGGUUGACUUUGUUGGAUUUGUUGUUGAACUGUCUGGUUUGGAUUGACGGCAUCGUUGUUUCGGUGGCCGUUGGGUUCGCUUGGACCUGCGACUGCAUUGCUUGGGCCUGCGGCGCCGCUGACGUUCCAACCUUCAUAAGUCGCCUGUUCGGGGUUUUUCUGAUGAUACAGUAUUAGCAUUUAAUGGCUAAGACAUAUGCGCGAUAGAGACACCCAUGCCUCGCCAGCUCCAUACUUCGGGGCUACUUCCUAAAUCAGGAGCAUGUGGAGGACCUUGGAUGAGCUUGGCGGGAAACUCGUCUCUGAGCUUGACAGGAAGGGAGCGAAGAAUGGACGCGUCUGUACUGGAGUACUUCCGACCCUCUCCUCGAGGACUUCCAGGACGACAAGUCUCGGAGAGACACGCGUACUCGCAUCCGAUGAUGAAGAACGGCUUGCCAAGAUCGUAGACUUUGAUCGGGCCAGAUGUGAUACGACCCUUGUUGGAGACGGCCUCUCCACAUACAGGGCAGGCGAUCCCAUUGAACACUAAUGUGUGCGGAUCCCAAUAGAAGAAACGAUAUUCGGAAGGAGUCGUAGUAGCCGAAGCUGUCAAGGAGAAAUAAGCAGGGGAAGAGGGCAUCCAGAAGGUCCGAAGCGUGGAGUAGAGUUGUGGAAUAGCAGAAGGGCUGCCAUUCUUGCCGUUGCUCUGCAAAGAGAAUAGAUGGGCCUUGAACGCUUCUUCAACGGGAACACCGCUAGAAGGGAUCGGGUUUGGAGCGGACAGUGAUGCUACGAGAUUGUGCAAGAAGAUGUCUGGUCUGUGUCGCAAACUUGCCCAAUCGUUUGAAUCCAAGCUUGGGUCGAUCGCCAUAGGUGGAGCAGGAGGUCUUCCAGGCAACGAUGCCAUGGGAGGUGCAGAUACCGAUGCUGGCCAUUGUUCACCAUACGGUACUACCUGCGACGAUAAGAAGAUAAGUAUGAGGUGAAGCAAGCAGUUGAUGACCACGUACUGGAUAAGUUGGGAAUGCCGCUGGGCUCUGGCCGGCCGAACUAGCAGCAAAUGUCCCUGGGGGACGCUUCCUGGGACGACCAGGAGGUCUCUUCGGUCCAACAGAACCUGCAGGAAGCCCAUCCUUUCUCGGCCGCCCAACAGGUCGCUUCAAUUUGGGCUCGGCGCUGGAAUCCGUUUGCUUCUUCCCGCUGCCUUUGGGACGGCCAGGUCGACGCUUCAUUGGAGUUUCUGGGUUGGGUGCCGGUGCAACUGGUGCUUGUGGUGCCUGUGGUGCAACCUGCACUUGAUCCGACCCCUCCUGGGUAGGUUGAGUCUGAGACGUAUCCGUCAUGGACGCCAAAGUAUUCGUUAAAGCUUGUAUGGCUUCCGACAUAGCUAUAUAGAUAAUUCUGCAAGCACAAUUCCCAUCGUCA